UAUUAUGGGCCACAGGUUAAAAAUAAGUUCCGGUCUGGGACAUGUUGAGUGUAACUUGGUAGUAGUACUGUUGUCCUGUUGAGAAAUGAAUCUUUAGUUAUUCAGUGCAACUUAUUUACAUCUAAUGUUGACAUCCGCGAUGUUACAGUAUAAAUAAUCAUCGCUUGGAAAAUAAUAAUCAGUUUUACUUCAAUCGAGAUUUCGUACAUUUCCCUCAAUAGUAUGUGCCAGACAUCCUUAUUUUAUCUUUUAUUUUUAUCUACGACAGUGACUGUUUUGCAGGGGACAUCUAUUUAUUCUAGAUACAUGUACAGAAACCGACACACAGGGAACUGCAGGGAGGAGAACUGUGAUUUAGCUCACUUCAGUUACAACAGGGACAGCUGUCAAGGUCCAAAUUUUUGGGAUCGGGUCACACCAUGCUGGGGCAACUGUUCUUCUCUUCUUCAGUCGCCAAUAAAUAUCAAAACAGAGAAAACAACUUAUCGUCCUUUCAGGGGACUAAAAUUCCUAGAUCUUUGUGAGCGCAUCACUGCUAUAAUAAGGAAUAAUGGACACUCGCCACACUUUAUGGCUGAUAAUCCGACAAAGGUCAAACUCGGGAAUGUCCCGUACAGCGGAAAUAAAGGUUAUGUCUUCCAGGAAGUUCACAUUCAUCUGGGGCAGAGGGAGACCAGGGGGUCAGAACAUUCCCUGAACAACAGGUUUUACCCUAUGGAGGCCCACAUGGUUUUCUAUGACGAUCGCUAUGAGAGUAUUGAGGAAGCACAGACCAAACCCGGGGGGCUGGCAGUCAUUGCAAUCAUGGUGGAGAUUGAAGAAAAAUCAAAGUUUACAAGUCCGAAAAUGGAUUUCUAUAGAAACUCUUACUUUCCAUUCGGACGUCGAUUUCACAGACAUAAAAGACGAGCCCCAUGGCGAGGGACUUUCUGUUCAGAUACAAGCGUCUGUAGGACAAAGAGUGCCAAGCGUCUGAGUUACUUAAUGGAGAAAUACUACACAAUUAUUAGAAAUCACAAACCAGAGAGAAACGCAGAAAGAAUAGAAAAUACCUAUGUAGAAGUUCGAGAGCAGAUAGCUUUAAGUGACGUUCUGCCCUAUGACUGGAGUUUCUAUACAUACCACGGUUCAUUGACUACACCACCUUGUUAUGAAACGGUUCAGUGGAUCGUAAUGAGAUGCCCCAUUAAAGUGUCCAGAAAGGCCUACGAAGCACUAGGUAAUGUCUCGGAUAUCCAUGGCAACAGACUUAAAACUAUGGGAAUUCGGAGACCUAUACAGAGAGGAAUCAUAGACCAUCCCAGUGUAGAAGUAGAACGUAACUUCCGGUGUGGCUCUCUGGGUAACAGACGAGAUCUCUGUCCAAUCAAUUAUGAUGCCUACUAGAGACAUUCCUUAACAUUUUAUCAUGUGUGAAAUAUAGAAUCAAAUUAUUCAAGUUAUUUCCAUAGCAAACUUAAUUGUGUGAGAGAAAAAAAACCGUUGUAACCACAUUUAAAUAUCAUAACGGUUUUAUGCACAAUAUUGACUAAUAAUUCAGUAAUUUGACGUUAAAAACUGAUUUGUUACAGGUAAACAUGUACAAUUUAGUGUAAUCCUUUAGGGCAGCUUUGUAUUAUUGGAAUUCUUAAUGUCAGCAAUAUGAAUCUGCUUUUCUGUA